GUAGCAACAGUUGCACGUCAUUUGAACUCAAGCACUGCCUAACGUUCGCCAAACUACGCGUGCGCCGUGCAUCUAUUUACGAUUACAGAACAGCCGAUCAGCAAGCAAACCAACAGCUUUGCAUUUCCAGUCUCUGGGAACGUCGCGAAAACAGUUCCACGCUCUCCGGACAAGAACGCGCCCAUGGAUCGCAGCAACGCCGGUGCGGUGUCCGUCGAGGUGCGCGGCGGCGGCGGCGGCUCGCCGCCGGGCGCGGGAAGGAAGCGCCGCGCGGUGGCGAGGGGCGUGCAGAAGACGCUCUCCAAGACGUCCAUGCUGGCCAACUUCCUCCCCACGGGCACGCUGCUAACCUUCGAGAUGCUACUCCCGGCCGCCGCAGGCGACGGCACCUGCUCGGCGGUCAGCGCCGCGAUGCUCAGGGCCCUGCUCGCGCUCUGCGCCGCCUCCUGCUUCCUCUUCCACUUCACCGACAGCUUCCGCGCCCCGGACGGGAAGGUGUACUACGGCUUCGUCACGCCGCGGGGCCUGUCGCUGUUCAGGACCGGGCUCGGCGUCGAGGUGCCCAGGGAGGAAAGGUACCGGCUCGCCUUCGUCGACGUCGUGCACGCUGUCAUGUCCGUGCUGGUCUUUGCGGCCGUCACGCUCGCCGACUACCGGGUCUCCGGGUGCCUCGUCGCCGGCCACCGCAAGGAGAUGGACGAGGUGAUGGAGAGCUUCCCGCUCAUGGUGGGCGCCGUGUGCAGCGGCCUCUUCCUCUUGUUCCCCAACACCCGCUACGGCAUCGGUUGUUUGGCUCCGUAAAAAACAGCAGACUGGAACAGAGAGUACGGCAGUGUAACUUUCUUCCGUACCUGUGAAUCUGGCUUGAUCAUUUUAUGCUUCAUGUUUUCUUAGCAACUGUAAAAACUUGGAUGUGAUGUGAUCCUAUCUU